AUGCAAAAUGGUACUGAAGAAGAACGAACAAACAGGCUACAAAAGAGAAAGCAAGACCAAGCAACCGAAACAAUUGAUGAACGAGCAAGAAUACUUGAAAUACUACGAGCAGUUUUUCACACAAGUUCAAAUGAAAAUGACCAAGAAUCAAAUGAGCAGCUGGGUAUGUCUGUUGAUCCAAAUGUAGAUAUACCUGUAUCUGUUCCUAAAGCAGACGAGGAUAGUGAGUCUGUACAUGAAGCAGAGGGGCCAGAGGUGAGUAGAAAUGAAUAUUUACAUGAGGGUGGUUUGCAAAAUGUUGACAACCCUCUGCAUGAGCUAGAGUUUGUACAAAAUGAAAUGCACAGUUUUCAUUUAGAUCAAGAACAUUUAGAGCAUUGACAAUGUAAAAUGUGUAAAGAAGCUUGGCCGACACGACAGAACUUAGCAUCAGAAGUAUACAUUUGUUACCGGUGUAAAAGAGACAAGAAAUCACCCAAGAAAUUCAGUGCGGAGAAUGACAUGGAUCCAGGAAUAGUUCCUGAACAAUUGAGAGGUUUGACACAGGUAGAAGAAAUGUUAAUUUCAAGGGUUUGUCCCAUUAUGAGAGUGUAUAGAAAACAUGGGGGGCAGAGGGGGUAUAAAGGACAUGUACUUAACUUACCACAAGAUAUUCAAAGUUUCUUGAAUAGAUUGCCUUCUCGUGUGGCAGACUUGCCUGUCUCGAUUGGGCGAAGACAUGGUGCAGAAGACAAACAUCGAGACUUUACUGUGCGUCAACACAAAGUUCUUGAGGCUGUACUAUGGUUAAAGACAAACAAUCCGUUCUUUAAAAAUAUUGAAAUUGAUAGAGAUGUCAUCCAAAGUUUACCAGAAAAUGGUAUUCCUGAUGAGCUAAGGUAUGUCAUUGAUGAAAAUGAGCUUUCAGUUCAUGUUGAAAAUGAGGGGCCUCCCCAAGACCCAGUAAUGAGUGCUAAUGCAAGUGUGGAAGAGUUAGUUUUAGGAAGUGGCAGUACAUCGUUUAUUCCUAUGCGCCAAAGACAGAGAAAAGAAGGUGCAGCUAUCCAAGAUGCAGUAAAUGAGGUUGAUCCGUUAGACUGGCCAUCUACUGAAGGUAAUCUCAUUAAUGAAUUAAAAACAGAUGGUUUAGCUACUAUGGCCUUUCCUACAUUGUUUCCUUAUGGGAAGGGUGACCCAACAAAUAGGGCAAGACAACAUGGUAUAACGUUAACCGAAGCUUUCAAACAUUUAAUGAAGUUUGCAGAGAGACUUGCAGAUGGUAAGUGUGAAUGGAGGUUUGCUUCUCACCCUCGGUUUCCUUAUUGGGCGUUAAACAUGAAACGACAUCAGCUGUUGUCACAAGCAAACGUUUACUUGCGUCAACAUCCUGCUGAUGCAAACAUGACAAUGGAAGAACUAAAACACAUGGUCAAUUCCAUGAGUGCAAAUCAAAUGGUAAAUAGGUUGCAGCGCUAUGUGUCCAAAGUACAAGGUACGAAUCAGUAUUGGUAUCAGUGGCUGCAGGAAUUGCUGGCCCUGAUUGAACAAAAAGGCUGCCCUACUUUUUUCUUUACCUUUAGUGCAGCUGACAUGCAUUGGCCAGACUUACAGAGGCUGUUGCAGAAUGAUGAAGGUGCAAACAGAUCUGAGCGAGCACAAGCUGUAAUCGACAAUCCCCAUCUGACUGAUUGGUUCUUUAUGCAGUGGCUGCAGGAGUUUGUCAGACAUUGGCUUAAUGGCGUCUUGGAUGCGGAGUGGCACUGGUAUCGAUUUGAGUACCAAGCUAGGGGAAGUAUUCAUUGCCACAGAUGUGCAAAGUUAAAAAAUGACCCUGAUAUUAGAGAAUUACAUAAUAAGGCAUGUGUUGCAUUCCUAGAGAGUGAGACAACAAGGUACGAAAUGUCACCUGAUGAUUUUGAAUUCCUUUGCGGGGAUGUGAUAAGACAGUGAGAAGAUGCUGAGAAGUUGUUAAUACAGUAAGAAAAAAUAUUUCCAUAUUAAUGUUUCCAAUGUGUACUGCUAAGCUAACUGUGCAGAAUCUGUUGUGGGAUAAUUCUUUCAAUAAUAAAACUUUAUCCUGCAACAGGCCUUCAAAUGCAUGUACUGGCACAAUACCGGAUCAUAAUUAUUGUAGUAGUUACACAAUACCGGACUCGCUUCUCAUAGUCAUAACAUUGAAUUUUGCAUUCUUAGAGAUGUCUUACUGUACCUCCUACUCAAUAUAUUGCAAUAGCAUUUUUGAAAUACCAUUAAAACUAUACCUUGGCAUGCUCCCAAAUGUUGAUAUCAACUAAAAGUGUGCAGGUCAAGUGUUCAUGUCAACUACUGUAAAAAGCGAAUUUUGUAUUAUGCAUGUAUUAACCACUGCUGCCUAUUUUGGAUAUUUAAUAAUAUGACUACUACUGUAAAUUAAAAGGCAGGAUAAACUACUGUACACAACUUUUGCCUAAAAUUGUCGCAUACAACCUGCUUAUAUGCAUGUAUACAACUUGAGUGUACUGGGUGAACCAGCACACAACUAUGCCUAUGACAACGUAAGUGAGUAAAUGCAUGUUUAAUACAGAGUCAACUUGUUUCCUUGAUAUUUUACGCAGUAAAACUCAAGUUGUACAAGCAGGUUGCAUAAGGCAAAUGUUGUGUAGUGUAAAUCUGCCUUAAUACACAAAACACUCACCAAAUAUCCAGCUAAUAAUAUAUGCAGAUAGCCAAUCUCCACAAUUUUGAAAGGUCUUUCGCCCAUCUUUUUUAUUAUUAUGCAUAUUUUAUUAUAUUAUAAUAUGGUAGUAUUACCUUUGCUACAUUAAAAUUGAAAAAGUAACAAUAUUUUACAUGUAAACAAAAAUUCCUUAUAAAAUUCCUUAAAAGGUUUCAAUUUUCCUCAAAUGAAUUUUCAAUAAUUUCUGAAGAUUUCAUUGGAAUGUAAGAAAUGACAUAAAUAGAAAGUGGAAAUUUAACUGUGGCACAAAUCUGUGACUGUGGUCAUACAGGUUUCACAGGAAAAUGUUUCACUCAGUCAAUGGUGUGAUUAAAACUGUUUUAUGACUAAUUUGGUAAUAUUUGGCUAAUAGAAAAAGCGCACAUGUUUAAUAAGUUAUGAUUGUUUUAAAGGUAUGUUGACUGGCUGGUGACAACUUUUAAUGAGGAAUUGCCAGAUGAAAACUGGAGGAUACCAGACCCUCAUCCAUCUGCUGUUAGCGCUACAACAGUGGAUAAUCGUGACAAUGAUUAUCACAGGUUAGUUAAUACUGUAGAAAGACACUAGAUGCAGUCCAGCAUAUUGCUUGAAACAGAAAAGAGUGGACCUGCUUGCAGAAUGCAGAUUUGGUUUUCCAAAGCCAUUGCAAGAAGAAACAGAACUGAGCCUUGAGCUGGUGGUAGGUAAGAAUACGAAGUCUGUUGAGUCUGAGUUACAUAUCAAACAAAAUGAUCAAAUUCUCAUAACAGGGUGAUGCUUGAAAACUGGUGGGCAAAUGUAGAUUUGCAAGUCAUUGUAGAUGAGAAGGCUUGUGCAAGAUACAUGGCCAAGUAUGCUGCGAAAGGAGAACCCCGAUCGAAAUCGGUGUCAGAAAUACUAAAAUUGUCUGUGUCUUCAUUACAGAAUGAUGAUCAAGUCCCUUCAGCCUUCAAGAAAGCAAUGAUCCAAGUUGCUGGGGAUAGAGAUAUGGCAGCACAAGAAACUGCACAUAUGUUACUUAGUCUACCACUGGUUGGCUGCACAUUUAGUUUUGUUACUAUUUCUUUAGAUAACAGUAGGAAGGUUAAUAUUGAUGCAGAAAACAAAGGCGAUGAGGUACUUCAAAAAUCUGUGCUACAAGAAUAUGCAGGACGUACAAAAUUUAAGGUAGGUAUACAGGCUUGUCUCAGCUAAAUCUGAUGCAAUAUGUGUCACAGUACACGAAAGUCCGAGGUGAGUUGACGAAACGAGCGAAUCCGUACAUUGUCAGGACAUUUCCAAAGAUUUCCGCUAAUCCUGCUGGUCCUGAUUUUGGUAAAUACUGCAAAUAUCAACUAAUAAAGUUUAAACCAUGGGAGGGUCAACCGUCAAAUGCUUGGAACAACGAGGAUGAAAGUGAUCAAAUGUUUAUUAAUGCAUAUGAAUUUUUUCUUAUGACAGAUGAAUUUGCAGAAGAAAAUGUGUUUAGGUAUUCCGAUGAAACAGACAGAGUUCAUGAUGCGCAAUGUGGUCAAACCUUUGAAAACGAUCCAACUGACAAUCAAGAUGAUGACGACGAAAGUGAAGUUUACCCUGAUGAUGAGGAUGAAGUCGAUGAUUGGAUGUUAUUAUGCAGAAUUAACCAAGAUUAUGGUGAAGCAGGUAAUCUGAUGUCAGACAAUGAAGCAGUGGACUGGUUUGAAAUGGUAAGAGCUGUGCCUAGAGAUUUAUUAAAGGAAUCUCCAGGAUGGAUCUAUAGUCAGAGAAAGGAGGCUGAAGAACAUGGUUAGCAUUUUCGAGAAGAUGAUCAACAAUGUGUAAUUGAUCCGGAGACCUUGAAUGAAAAACAACGCCUUGCUUAUGACAUCAUCACAUCUUAGAAUGGUGAUAAUGCCGAGCCUGUUUAUAUGAUUGUGUGUGGAACAGCUGGCACAGGUAAGACAUACUUAAUAAGUGCAACAAAACAAGUAUUAGCCACUCAGUGUGUUGUUACAGCAACUACUGGGAUUGCAGCCUUUAGUAUUAAUGGUCAAACAUUACAUUCUGCUGCUCAACUUCCUAUCUGUGAAUAUAGGGAUUUGCAGGGUGAUUCACUACAGCAGUUACAGCUGAGGCUGGAAGGUAAAAGAUUUCUGAUUAUUGAUGAAAUGUCAAUGAUUGGACAUAAAAUGCUAUCAUGGCUUGACAAUAGAUUACGUGCUGGAACUGGAAAGGAAGAUAUCCCUUUUGGUGGUAUGUCAGUAAUUCUAAUGGGGGAUUUUGGUCAAUUACCACCUGUUGGUGAUAAGCCAAUGUAUGUUUCAGGUAAUGGAACAGUAGUAAGUCAGGCUGGUGAGGACCCCGAGGCAGUUGCUUUUAGAGCCUUGCUGAUGAGAAUGCGAAAUGGAGAAGUGACAGGGGAGGACUGGAAACUAUUGUUGGAGCAUUCAACAACAAGUGUACCAAUGGAUCAAUUUACUGAUGCCAUCCGAUUGUACGUUGACAAGAAAAGUGUUGCUGAAUACAAUUACGAGAAGCUAUUGCAGCUUGGACAACCUGUUGCUAAAAUUCAGGCAAAGUAUUCUGGUCAUGGUGCCAGUGCGGCAACGUCGGACGAAGCUGGUGGAUUGGAUGCUGUUCUGUUUUUAUCCAUAAAAGCAGAAGUAAUGCUCACUUGCAACCUGUGGGCUGAAGUUGGUCUCUGCAAUGGAUCAUUUGGCACUAUUGAGCAGAUUUGGUUUGCAGAGAAUAUGGGUCCACCAAACCUGCCAAUAGCAGUAUUGGUACACUUCCAUAGUUACACUGGUCCUGCAUUCCUAGAUGCAUGUUCUAAAUGUAUACCUGUGUCACCCAAAGUGUUUGAAUGGGUGGCUGAUGGAAAGUAUCUGUCAAGGCGACAAGUGCCCUUGCGGUUGAGGUAUGCAAUGGCUAUUCAUAAGUCACAAGGACAGACACUAACAAAAGCUGUUGUUGAUUUAGGUAAAGGAGAAAAAGUUGCUGGAUGCACAUUUGUAGCUACAUCACAGGUGAGAUCGAUUCAUGAUAUUGUAUUUGAACCUAUGACAUUUGAUCGCCUGAAAGCAAUUGGUAGGAGUAAAAAUAUGCAAAAACAACUUGAAGCUGAACAGCGACUUAAAGCAGAGAAAACUGUCCAAACAUAUAAUAGGUCAUGAGUUGUCAUAUUAAGUUGAAGAGUUGUGGUGUUCAAGCACCAGCAUAAUAUACUGGGCACAUAUACUGUGCUUUCGAGGUUAUUUCUCCUGUUACUAGGCACAAUUUUAAUGGUGUAGUCUAUGCCUCUAUUAUUGUGUUUUUGAGGAAGGCAUUCAGGGAGUUUGUCAUUGCCUGUUACCUAGACAUAUUAUAUAUUAUGUUUUUGAGGUUGGUUGCAUGUUGACAUACCUGUGCUUAAUAUUAAAUAGUAUUAUUACGUAUAUAUACUAUAAAUUUAAAACUUUGUCUUUUUAUUCUACAUAAUAUUUUAUAUCUUUAGAAAUUGAACCAAAUUCAUAUAAAGGUAUGAUUUUUCUCCUGUUUUGAGUAACUAUUCUAUUGAUAAAACAGUUCCCUUCAGAUCAAGACUACAGGGACUGGUUGUACGAAGCCUAUUAAACAAAGGCCUGAUAGUGCUAUCCACCGGAUAGUGAUUUUUUCAAGCUUUGUUAAAUCAGUCGUUGAUUGGUAUAACUCGUAUUAAAGUUUAGUGUUUAUAAAUGAAAUGUUUUUCAUACUUCUUGUCACUUGUGUGUCGUCUCUAUCCGUAGUUUCACAGUUUUUCAAGCAUUUUAUAAAGUUUGAAAAAAUCACUAUCCAGUGGAUAGCCCUAUAUCUGACCUUCGUACAACGGACCUCAGGGGCCGGUUGUUCAACGGUGGUUUAGCGCUAACCCUGGGUUAAAAUUUAACCUUCUGUUUUAGUUUAUGUAUUUCUGCACGCCUGUUUAUUUCAAAACUUCAGAGAAGUAAACUCCUUAGAUCCAGACAAGAUAUCUGAAAAAAUAUUUCCAAAUUUCCAUAGACAAGCUGUGAGGAAGUUUGCUUUGAAUUUUAGGUUAACCUGGGGUUUAAGCUAAACCAGUUUUGAACAACUGGCCCCAGAAUAAUAUUCAAGACACUCCAGAUUACUCUUCGUGGAUAUUGCGUAUGGUUACCAAAAAUUCACACGCAACAUCCACGUAAAUACGAAGCGCGCAAAAUUUUGGUUUUUGGCCUUUUUGUGAGGCAGUAACUGACAGUAAGUUUUUUUCCGAAAAAAACAACUUUGUUAAGUUUUUUGAACACACACUGUAUCUUUGAACGAAAAAUAAUUCACUACUAUUUGUGGAAUAUAUAUGUUUUGGGCAAAAAUAACUUCAUUUACUGAGUUUGUCACAACAAAAACGUUUUCGUGUUUUUAACAGUUUUUUUUUUGUUUUUUACAGAUAUUUCAAAUAAUUUGGCGGAAAGGUAUGACUAUAUUUUAAAAUUAUUUAUAGUAUGCUUCUUAGCUGAUGUUAAACAGCCUUUGCUUCAUGGCCAAAAACAUUCCUGUCCAAUACAAAAGAUGGAAAUGUAUUCAAUAUUAGUUUUAAUAUGCACUGGGAGUGGAGAUGUUGCAUUUUAUUAAUGAUUUCCUUUAAUAUUUUCUUUUAUAAUUAUAGCAAAGAUUUAACAAACACAAAAGUAAGUUGCUCCAACUUUUUGAAUGAGCGAAUAAAACCAUAUUAAAAGAGGCAUCCAAGUUGAACAUAUAGGUAUAGCUUGGACUUAUAAACUUAGCUAUUUCAUAACUAAUCCCUAUAUUAUAACUAAUCCCUAUAUUAUAACUAUUUCAUUUUAGUGGAAUUACCGGAACUGCACGACCCUGCUAUUCUUGGUAUGUACAUUGCAAUAAAUAUGUGGUAUAAUAUCUACUUUUUGGUUUUAUAUAAAGCAACAUUUGUUCUAGCUGGUUGGACCUCACAUAAAAUUAAAUGGACUUACAACUAAUAGUAAAUUGUGUGAACAGAGGCCAGUUGUCACCAAUUGUUUGGCUACAGUUGUACAGAAGUAUAUUUGUGACCUCGAGGUAUAUUUUUGUGACCAAUAUUUCAGUGACAAACAUUCCAACCGUCCCGGUUUACCCGGGACUGUCCCGGUUUGGACUAUGUUGUCCCGGUGUCCCGGUUUUCUUCUUAUUGUCCCAGUUUCUGUAGUAUUUUAAUAGUUGUAUUCUUUAAAUAAGGCUCAUGUAACAAAUAUUAAUGAAAUUCGUUUGGUUCAAUAAAUAUUAAUGAAAUGGGAGCUUCUAGUUGCCCCAAACAAUUGCUGACUUUGUCGCCGAUCGUUGUAAUUCUCGUGACAUACGUUGUUUUGACAAUUUUAAUAGCGUUCGCUUUCAAUUCCUAUUCAUUUUGCCAGGGCUACAUGAAGUAAAGCAGCGUAACAGAAGCGGGCGCAAUAAUCGCGGGCUCUUGAAUACGAGAGGAUCAUGUCACAGGUCAAAAGACCAGUAGUAAAACGAAACAAUUUUGCCGGUACAGUACUUCAAUGAAAUUAAAGACCAUUAAAGCUUGUUGGCAGGGCCGUAGCAACCGGGAGGGGCUGUGGGGGCUGUAGCCCCCCCCCCCCAAUAAUUUUCUAAUAAUCAUUCUUUUUUCAAAAUCAUGCAGACCUUUAUCAAUUUUAAGCAUUAUUAGUUUUAAGCGGCUACAUUAUCCAUGACAAAGUGCAAAGAAUGAAGAUAUUACCCACACUUUCCUGCAACUUAUCCAAUAUAUAGUUAAUUAAAUACACCUUUGCCCAUUUAGUACUACGAAAUUGUAAAUUUCGACAUACUAAAACGCUGUUUUCUGACUAUCAGAAUUCUGUCAAAUCUUCCCAAAAGUCCAGGAAAUGGCAUUUCAGAGACUCUGAAUUAAAAAAUUUCCUCGGGCCCCCCCCCCAAAUAAAAAAAUAGAAGCUUCCUAUGGCCCUGUGUUGAGAAGAUGUUAUAUUACGUAUUUAAAUGGUUUCAACGUUAGUGUAAUAAAACUAGUUUUUGUAGCAUCCACUGUGAAUGUAUUGUUUAAUUCAAACUCAACUCAGCCAAUGAGAAAAGCACGGCAUUUAUUAGAGGGAGGCGUUUAUUUAAUUUAAGUAAAAUGGGAAAAUUUGGAAGUGUCCCGGUUUUGAGGACUCAGAGGUUGGAAUGUCUGCAGUGACCAUGCAGAGGUAAAGUUAAUUGUGACCAAUUGCUUGGCGAAAACCCUCUUGGCCGGCCACAAUGAAAUAUUUUCUCAUGUAAACAUGUUAAAAUUCAAUCCAAUUACCCAGUGAGUACCUAUGCAUGUAGUUGUAGAUUGUCCUCUCCUACAGUAGCUACAUGUAAUAAAGUGUAUACUGACAAUUUCAUUUUACAGAGCAUGGUUAUAACAUUCUACGGAUUAUCAAUUUGCAAUAUCAUGCAUGUGACACAGUAACCUCAUCUAAAAACCUUCUAACACAACAUCUUUUAUUUUAGACGUUCAUGUUGAUGAUGGUAAGAAUUCAGUUAUAUAUUUAAAACACAAAUUCUUAAAGCUAGGUCAUUCUGUUUGAGAAAUAAUAAAAUCUGAUGUACUCAAUUGACAAAAAAGGAUUAACUUUCAAUUAUUUUCUCCAUGGUAGAGUUGUGAAUGUUUUCUACAAUACUAUAGUAAUGAUUGAUAAUUAAGAAUAUAAUUAUGUACAAUAUAUGACAGAUUAAGUAUAUUACAGAUUUCUUAUGAAUAUUUGCAACAUUUUUUUCUUCUAAUUAACUAUAGAAAGUGAAGUCGAAGAGGAUAAAGGAGAAGUCCAGCCAUGUAAGUUAACUUUAUAAAACAAUAUGUUCAGUAUGGUUCAAUCAUACUUAUAAUUAUAUUAUUAUUACUUCUACAAUAAGAUGCAUGAUUUUAUUUCAGUGAACGAACAACCUCGACAAGAAGAUGCGAAUGGUAUGGUUCUGUUGAUAUACUUACAUACCUAUAUCUGUAAUAUGUAAUUUGGUCUAACUACAGUUAGUACUAUUUUUUUUCAGUUCAAGAACGACAACAACGUCAACGGCAUGGUAAUAGUACAUUCUUUAUAAAGUUUAAUUAUACCUCUCUUGUGUAAUUCAAACUAAUCAACAUUCUUUCAUUACAGUUAAUCAUGAAUGA